AUGAAAUGCUGUAUAAUAAACCACCCAAUUAUGAUCGAUUACGUGUCUUUGGAUGCUUGUGCUAUGCACAUAACAAAGAUCGUAAUGGUGACAAAUUUGCCCCACGUGGAAUUCGAUGUGUUUUCUUGGGAUAUGCUUAUAAUCAAAAGGGGUGGAAAGUCUUUGAUUUGGAAAAACGACGACAUUUUGUCUCACGUGAUGUACGUUUUGUUGAAACCGAUUUUCCAUAUCAACAUAGCAUCACGGAUGGUGGUGAAAUCUUAGAACAACGGCAGAAUGACGAGGCAGCCACAUGGGUCCGUUUGACCCACUUGGCAGAUUCCGAAGAUAGCACUGGCACGGGCAGAACUAAUAGGGAGGCACGUGGUGAUGAUUUCCAUGCAGACUUACAUGCAGCAGACCAUCAAUCCGGCACUCCACCGAAUGAUACUUCAGCAACCACGUCCGGAAUUCAGCCCAAACGAACGAGGAAGCGUCCUGUUUGGCACAAUGAUUAUGAUGUACGACUUAACACAGUGAUAAUAAACUCUCCUCCCCACGUUUGCGCUACUCCAAAGGCCAAUUCAGGUAACCCUUAUUCACUUUCUCAUUAUGUAAAAUAUGCUCAUUUUUCUGUCCAGCAUCGAGCCUUUCUUGCAGAUCUUUCUGCUCACAAGGAACCUACCUCUUAUCAUGAGGCUGUCCGUGAUUCGCAUUGGCGUGAGGCAAUGCAACGUGAGAUUCAAGCUCUUGAACGCACUGGUACCUGGGAAGUUCAGUCUUUGCCGCCUGGUAAGAAAGCCAUUUUUUGUAAAUGGGUGUUCAAAAUUAAAUAUAACACUGACGGCAGCAUAGCUAGGUACAAGGCACGUUUGGUUGUUUGUGGUAAUAGACAGGUACAUGGCAUUGAUUAUUCAGAGACUUUUGCUCCCGUGGCGAAAAUGGUAACUGUGCGUACCAUAAUGGCAGUUGCCUCUGUUCGACAUUGGGAGAUUCAUCAGAUGGACGUUGACAAUGCCUUUUUGCAUGGUGAUUUACGUGAGGAGGAAGAAAUUGCAGGCUUGCAACGAUGAACUAUUCUUCCGGAGCGGACUUGACAGAGAGCACCAACAGAGCAUCAACAUAUUCCAAAUCCUACGAGCUUCCAAAUCGAUCUGCUCCAUGUGUUCCUCCCCUUGGCGGCAGCGAAUCCAUAAGAAAUCUCCAUAAUAGUAUGGCUAUUAACCACGGUAGACGGAGUCUAAUUUCUUCGACGGACUUGACAGAGAGCAUCUACAAGUUUCGACGAGUAGAUAUGUUGCAAGCCCGACUUUUCCACCUGAAUCCAUCCACACAGACAUUAAACUUCACGGACAGAAUCCAGGAAUUCGCGGGAGAUGAAGUCUACGCUUCUUUUCUCCGAGCCGUCACCGGCUUCAAUGGCCACCAGGACGUGAAGAAAUUGGAUAGAGAGGUGGAUGCUUUGUUCCAAAAGAGCCAGAACCUGGAGCUGUACGUUUUGAUGUAAGUUGUGGUAUGAAAUUAUGAAUCAUUUGAUGUUAGAUGUAGAGAAU